GUCAGAAGGUGGAAAUCUCUCUGAGAAGCUGCCAUCUCCCCGCCACCCGCUCGCCUGCCCUACUCUUCCUCCCUCCCUCCCUGGCUCUCCGCUCCCUCCUUUCCCCCAGUACCUUCCACUUUACUCUCUGAGUUCACUGAGAGCCUCGCUGCUACCCCCAACAAUUCACCUUUCCCCAGCCCCCAUCACCAAGAAUGGAGUCAGGGUUUCCGGAGAGACCAAACUCUCCUCCCAGCAUCUCUUUCAUCUGCUGUUUUUAAACUGGCCUCAGAGGACGAGGGGGAGGGAAGUCCGACCCCCUUACACCACUCCACAACCACACACCAACCACCUCCACUCCAAAGCCGGAUUUUGCCUCCUGGGGGUGGGACAGACCAGUCCCGGGCCGAAUUCUCUUUCGACUCCUCGAGGUUGGCACACCCAGAAUGAAGAAGAUGAGCAACAUUUACGAGUCGGCGGCCAACACGCUGGGGAUCUUCAACAGCCCCUGCCUGACCAAAGUGGAGCUGCGUGUGGCCUGCAAAGGCAUUUCGGACAGAGACGCCCUUUCCAAACCAGACCCCUGUGUCAUCCUCAAGAUGCAGUCCCACGGACAGUGGUUCGAGGUUGACAGAACAGAGGUGAUUCGCACCUGCAUAAACCCAGUGUAUUCAAAACUGUUCACUGUGGACUUUUACUUUGAAGAGGUGCAGCGCCUGCGGUUUGAGGUCCAUGACAUCAGCAGCAACCACAAUGGGCUGAAGGAGGCUGACUUCCUGGGUGGCAUGGAGUGCACCCUUGGCCAGAUUGUUUCCCAGAGGAAGCUGUCCAAAUCCUUGCUGAAGCACGGGAACACUGCAGGGAAAUCCUCCAUCACGGUGAUCGCUGAAGAAUUAUCUGGCAAUGACGACUAUGUUGAACUUGCAUUCAAUGCACGGAAAUUGGAUGACAAGGAUUUCUUCAGUAAAUCUGACCCAUUUCUGGAAAUUUUUCGUAUGAAUGAUGAUGCAACUCAGCAGCUUGUACACCGAACUGAGGUUGUGAUGAAUAACUUAAGCCCAGCCUGGAAAUCUUUCAAAGUAUCCGUAAAUUCCCUAUGCAGUGGAGAUCCAGACCGCCGGCUGAAGUGCAUAGUGUGGGACUGGGACUCCAACGGCAAACAUGACUUCAUUGGAGAAUUCACCUCGACGUUCAAGGAGAUGAGAGGAGCGAUGGAGGGGAAGCAGGUGCAGUGGGAGUGCAUCAACCCCAAGUACAAAGCCAAGAAGAAGAAUUAUAAGAACUCAGGCAUUGUGAUUUUGAAUCAAUGCAAGAUCCACAAGAUGCAUUCUUUCUUGGACUACAUCAUGGGUGGCUGCCAAAUCCAGUUUACAGUAGCUAUAGAUUUCACUGCCUCAAACGGGGACCCCAGGAACAGCUGUUCCCUGCACUACAUCCACCCUUACCAACCCAACGAGUACCUGAAGGCCCUGGUGGCUGUGGGGGAGAUUUGCCAAGACUACGACAGUGACAAAAUGUUUCCAGCCUUCGGAUUCGGUGCCAGGAUACCCCCAGAGUACACGGUCUCUCAUGACUUCGCAAUCAACUUUAAUGAAGACAACCCAGAAUGUGCAGGAAUCCAAGGGGUUGUGGAAGCCUAUCAGAGCUGCCUUCCUAAGCUCCAGCUCUAUGGCCCCACCAACAUCGCCCCCAUCAUUCAGAAGGUCGCCAAGUCAGCAUCCGAGGAGACGAACACCAAGGAGGCGUCGCAAUACUUCAUCCUGCUGAUCCUGACUGACGGUGUCAUCACAGACAUGGCUGACACCCGGGAGGCCAUCGUCCAUGCCUCCCACCUCCCCAUGUCGGUCAUCAUCGUGGGAGUGGGCAACGCUGACUUCAGUGACAUGCAGAUGCUGGACGGUGAUGACGGGAUUCUGAGGUCACCCAAGGGAGAGCCUGUCCUUCGAGACAUCGUUCAGUUCGUGCCCUUCAGGAACUUCAAACAUGCAUCUCCAGCUGCCCUGGCAAAGAGCGUGUUGGCUGAAGUCCCAAAUCAAGUCGUGGACUAUUACAAUGGCAAAGGGAUUAAGCCAAAAUGUUCAUCAGAAAUGUAUGAGUCUUCCAGGACACUAGCGCCAUGAUCUCCACACACUUUUACAGAGUUCCGAAAUACUAUUCCUGCUCAUGUUUAAUACUUCUACUACUCCUGUACUUUAAAAAACCACACAUACACAUUUAAAAAUAGCACGUUUUGGUGAUUUUUAAUGACUGACAGUUUUUUUUGCAUGUGUAGCCCUGAGGCCUGGAUCUGGUAAGCCCUCAUAUUGUUAAAGACUUUUUACAAAGAAACACAAAUACUUAUAACGUACUCUUUACAUUACAGCAUGUCGCCUUGAACUAAAAUGGUAUCUGUAUCCGUUUUUUAUACAGGUUUGUUGAAAUUUUGCUAAAUUUCUUAUUAUCUUUACACUGUAAAGCAUUUUGAAACAUUUACCGAACGUCGAUAGCCAAAACAUAUUUGGUUUAUCUGCUACAGGAUGAAAGACUUUUCAAAAUGGUAGAUGCAUGGACUGUAUUUUGCAUGUUUAAAAUAAAAAAAAAAGAAGAAGAAAAAACAACACCCACACUGUUUUUGCAGUUGUAUCUAUAAUUCAUCCCUGCUGAGAAUGGUCUCUCUGCUGAGGGGGAGGUUUAGCCACCUAGAAAUAGUCUUCUUGACAUGGGUCUGGGGCUGUCAACCCAGCACCUAUCAUCAGACUAAACUGCGCACACAGAUCACCUGAGGAUCUUGUCAAAAUUCAGACCAUGAUGCUAGGUCUUCAUGGGCCCAAGACUCUGCAGCUCUGACAAGGUCCCAGGGGAUGCCAGUGCAGUCCUCAGACCACACUAAGAGUACUGGGGUUUGAGACUUUAGGGUGUGAUCAUAGAGACCAUUCGAAACAGGGCAGAACCUAGUCUGCUUGAGAAUGGCACCUCUUCUCUGCCCGGAGCACAAGGUCCUGCCUGUCUCCGAGGUGGGAGUAGAAAGUAGGGAGACUGAUUCCAGAAGCUGCACACCCCACAUCAGUCUCACUGCUUUAUAGUCACACCUCUUACUUAAACAGAUGAGGGCGUGCUUCCCUGGCCGGCCCCUGCCCUUGUAAAGGAGACAUCACACAGCUUGCAUGAAUGAGUCCAUGUUUACGUCAACCCCUAGGAAUGAUCUCACGAAGUCUUCAGUAGGACAACCACAGUGGAGACUUGUCCGUGGCAAAUGGCCAUGCAGUGUGGCUCCCCAGAAAUGUGUCCCACCGGGUUAAUUUUUAAGCCAAGUGAGGGGCUUCUCUUUGCCUCUUUUAUCACACCUGAGAGCAAACUCUAUCAGCAGAAAUGCCUAGAAUCAUCAUUGUUUUAGGUGGAGGUGUUUUGUUUUUAUAUAAACUGGCCAGUUGAACUGGAAGAAUGAUUGAUUCAUUUGUGUAAUCUUAUCACAGAGAAAUGGACAAGUGUUUUGCAGCAUAAAAAACACAAGAUGGUCAGAGGGAUGGGGAGGUAAAUCAUGAGGUAAAAUAGAUCUGCUUGUUGUUUGUUGGAGGGGGAACAUAUUAACAAGCAAAUCAAAUAGGCCUUGUAUAAUUUCCAGUGUUAUAAUUAUAGAUUCUAACCUUGCAAAUACAUGUCAGCCAAAUGCACAACAUUUUGGGAAUGAUGGGGGAAAUGUAUGACUGAGAAAAAUCAUAAAUAUUUAAACUGUAUUGUUUUAUGAAUAAAUUGGGUACUUACAGAA